AUGAAACCAUCUAAACUGCAAGAUCAUCUGAGAAGAUGCCACCCUGAUAAAACAGAGAAAGAUUUGAAAUUCUUUCAAACACUCAAAGAUAAAUAUUUCAGAAGAGGCCUAUACUGGACAGAAUGUUCGCUUCGACGUCACAAAGAAAUUAUGGUUUGCGGACGUCUUACUUAUAGCAAAAUCCGGAAAACCACAUACUAUCGGAGAGAAAAUUCCCUUAAGCAACAAUACUGCUUCUUAUGUAAUUAUUUGCAAACGACCCAUUUCUCUAUACAACUGGACGAGUCAACUUUACCUGAUAAUGCAGCAUUAUUAUUGGCAUAUGUUCGUUUUAUUAUGAAUCAAGAAAUCUACGAAGAACUGCUCUUUGCAAGAACUUUGAUAACCGACACUAAAGGUGAAUCAAUAUUUCAUGUUUUGAAGGAUUACUUCAUUGAAAAACCAAUUCCUUUAUCAAAUAUAAUAUCAGUAGCUACAGAUGGAGUAACUGCCAUGGUUGGACGUUAUCGUGGAUUUAUAAGCUAUUUAAAACAAAAUGUGUCAGGGGUAUUGCAUGAAUCACUUCAUUUAGUCAUUGAUGCAGUAAACCGAAUCCGAAGCAACGCGUUGAAUACGCGGUUAUUUGCGCAGUUGUGUGAAAAAAAUGACGAACACUUUCAUCAAUUACUCCUUCACACUGUCGAAAGAUUUUUUGCACUUUUUGAGACUAUUUUAGAAUUUCUGGAUACUAAAGAUAAAAUUUUAAAAGAAAAUUUAAUGAAGAGGAAAACAGACAUCGCCUAUUUAACAGAUUUGUUUACAAAAUUUAAUAUGGUUAAUUUACAAUUACAAGGCGACAGUUUAAAUUUGAUUAAAACAAAGUCCAUCUUAUCAGCGUUUCUUGCCAGAUUCCCCAAUUUGUCACAGACAAGCUGCCAGGAAGACGACGUUUCAACUUACGUUCAACAUUUAUAUGCCUUCUAUUCAGAUUUUGAAUCUAGGUUUGAGGAUAUUUUGACUAUGGUAAUACCACCGUGUAUAAUUAAUCCAUAUGGUGACAUAGAAGAAACGAAUUUUAAAAACGGAUAUCAGCAAUUCUGGCUGCAAAACAACAUACCCGUUACUUAUCCCAUAUUAUGGAAUAUAGUGAGGAAAUUUUUAAUUUCCUUUCCAUCCUCAUACCUAGUGGAAAGGGGGUUCAGCGCUGUUACCAAUUUCCUAACGAAAAAAAGAAACAGACUGGACAUCAUUAGCCGAGGAGAUAUAAGAUUAACCCUUACAAAAUUGACGCAAAAUGUUGAUAAUUGA